UUUCUUGUUUCUCUUACAUCCUCUUUCUCACUUAUAUUCACACAACCCCAAAAUCCCUAAUCCAAAAAUAAAUUCAAGCCUCUUCUCCUUUAUUUCUCUCCUCAUAUCUCAAAACCCCUAUUUCCAGUAUCCCUUUCUUCUCUACAGAUCUCCACUCACAUAUGCUUAAAGACUCCAUUUUUAAACCAAAAAAAUAUAAAUCCAAAAACCCCAUUUCCUAAAUCUCUUCUUUCAUCUCACAUUUGCUUAAAGAUUCAAUCUUUGAACCAAAAAAAAAAAAAAGCUGAAAAAAACAAGCAUUCUUGAUUUUCAGAUGACUGAUGUGAGAUGAAGGAGAAAAAACAAACACCCAUUUUUUCUCUAUAUUUUCUCUUCUUUUUUUGCUUCUCUUUAUUGUGUUCAGUACACACAAAUGCUGAGUUUACAGUUUCAGAAAAUGGCCCUUUAACUGAUACUGAAGCUCAGUAUAUCAAACACAGACAACUUUUAUACUAUAGAGAUGAGUUUGGUGAUAGAGGUGAACUUGUAACAAUUGACCCUUCUUUGGUCUUUGAGAAUGAUAGAAUCAAGAAUGCUUAUAUUGCUUUACAAGCAUGGAAACAAGCUAUCAUUUCAGAUCCCUUUAAUAUCACUGUUAAUUGGGUGGGAUCCAAUGUGUGCAGCUACACUGGAAUAUUCUGUGCUCCAGCAUUAGAUAAUCCUAAAAUCCGUACAGUUGCUGCUAUUGAUCUUAACCAUGGUGACAUUGCUGGUUACCUUCCAGAAGAACUUGGGUUACUUACAGAUCUUGGUAUUUUCCAUAUUAAUUCAAAUCGUUUUUGUGGGACAAUACCUAGAAAAUUCAAGAACUUGAAGAUACUGUUUGAGUUGGAUCUAAGUAACAACAGGUUUGCUGGGAAGUUUCCUUAUGUUGUUUUGAGUUUACCAAAGUUGAUAUUCUUGGAUAUAAGGUUUAAUGAGUUUGAAGGUAAUGUACCUUCACAACUCUUUGAUAAGCCAUUAGAUGCUAUUUUUAUCAACCAUAACAGGUUUGCCUUUGAGUUACCAGACAAUUUUGGGAAUUCACCUGUUUCUGUUAUAGUUUUGGCGAAUAACAGGUUUCAUGGUUGUCUUCCAGCGAGUAUUGGGAAUAUGAGUAAUUUAAAUGAGGCUAUUUUGAUGAAUAAUGGGUUGCGUUCUUGUAUGCCACCAGAGAUUGGGAUGUUGGAUAAUUUGACUGUGUUUGAUGUUAGUGGCAAUCAGUUGAUGGGACCUUUGCCUGAGAGUUUUGGUAAAUUGGUUAAUUUGGAGCAACUGAAUGUGGCACAUAAUAUGCUAUCAGGGUCAAUUCCAAAGAGUAUUUGUCAACUUCCUAAGCUUGAGAAUUUCACUUAUUCUUAUAAUUUCUUUACUGGUGAACCACCGGUUUGUUUGGGGUUGGCGGAGUUUGAUGAUAGACGAAAUUGUUUGCCGAAUAGGCCUGUUCAAAGGUCUGCUGGUCAGUGUAAGGCGUUUUUGUCAAAGAGAAUACAUUGUAGUGCUUUUAAGUGUCAUAAGUUUGUUCCUGCCUUGCCACCUCCUCCUCCGCUUUCGCCUCCCUUGCCUGCCCCUCCACCGCCUGUUGUUGUCCCUAUUUCUCCCCCUUCCCCCCCUCUUUCUUCUCCCCCGCCACCCGUUUUUUCGCCACCCCCACCAAUAUAUUCACCUCCACCACCCCCACCCUCACCCCCACCACCCUCACCUCCUCCCCCGCCUCCACCCGUUAAUUCACCUCCACCACCCCCACCAAUAUAUUCACCUCCACCACCCCCACCACCCUCACCUCCUCCCCCGCCUCCACCCGUUUUUUCACCUCCACCACCCCCACCAUCUCCACCUCCUCCAUCACCCCCACCACCAUCGCCUCCACCACCCGUUUAUUCACCGCCACCACCACCACCACCAUCUCCCCCUCCGCCAUCACCGCCACCGCCUCCUCCACCAGUAUAUUCACCUCCACCGCCAAUUAUGUCACCACCGCCACCAUCACCAUCGCCAUUGCCAUAUUGUGUACGAUCACCACCACCUCCACCACCACAUUCGCCACCUCCACCGCCUACUCACUCGCCUCCACCCCCUUCGCCUUAUUAUUAUAAUUCACCACCACCUCCGCCACCAAAUUCGCCACCUCCUCCACCAAACUCACCACCUCCACCACCACCUGCAUACAUAUACUCAUCACCUCCUCCACCACCACCAGUAUACUCUUCACCACCACCGCCACCACCCGUUUAUUCGCCUCCACCUCCAUCCCCAGUACCUUGUAUAGAACCCCCACCCCCACCCCCUCCAUGCAUAGAACCACCCCCAUCACUCUCUCCUCCACCACCACCCGUUUAUCACUAUAAUUCUCCACCCCCACCGAUCAUCUAUGAGAGCCCACCACCACCCGUUUAUUAUUACAAUUCUCCGCCCCCACCACCAGCUCCAGUAUAUGAAGGGCCAUUGCCACCAGUAAUAGGAGUAUCCUAUGCUUCUCCACCACCACCACCCUUUUAUUGAUUUUUUUCAAGAAUUUCCCACUAACUUAUCCUCAAGAGCACACAAAUUGUUCCUACAAUUAUUAUUUCCUCACUCUUCAAGCCAUUAACAAAAUUGAGCUAAUAUGUGAUCAAGAGAGAGGAGGUAAAGAGGAGAAAGAUUCAAUCUCCAAAGAUUUUAUUUUUGAAUUGUUAUGAUGAAUAGAUUUGAAGGUUGUGGAGAGAAUAAAUUUGGCAAAGAAAAGAUUGAAGCUUUGCAGGAAAAUGUGUAUGUAUAGAGAUCAUAAUCUGGAAUUUAGAAACCAGUUUACAGUACUUGUUGCAAGCUGGUGAUUCUAUAUUUAAUGAUCAUACUUUGGUUUCUUUGUAAUUUUUUUUGGUUCUUCCAAAUUACUAUAGUAUAAUGAUGAGUUUUUUUUUUCUUCUUUAAACUUGUAUUGAUGAUUCUCAGAAUUCAUAUCAUUUCUUUCAAUUUCUAA